AUGCCUUCUUACGCUGUCGCCGGUGCGUCGCGCGGCCUCGGGCUCGAAUUUGUCAAGCAAUUGCUCUCGAAGGGCAACACGGUCAUCGCCCUUGUGCGCACCCCGGCCACGGCCCACGGCCUCCACGCCAUCCACGAUGCGAACCUCCACAUCGUGAAAGCAGACAUCGCUGACCCCGCUUCCCUCAAGACCGCGGCCGAGGAGACGGCCAAGAUCACAGGCGGCUCCCUGGACGUGCUCAUCAACAACGGCGUCUUCCAGGACCCGAAACACGCCUUCCACGACAUCCUCACGUUCCCUGACGAGCAGACCCUCACCGAGAACUUCAACGCCAGCUGGUCCACGAACGUCCUGGGGCCCAUCUACACCGUCAACGCGUUCCUCCCGCUGCUCCGGAAUGGCGCACUGAAGAAGGUCCUCACCCUGUCCACGGGCCUCGCCGACCCCGCGCUCAACCUGGACGCCGAGUUCGGCUACCACGUCGCCUACUGCGUCUCCAAGUGCGCGCUGGAGAUGGUCAACGUGAAGUACGCAGUCGCGCUGCGUAAGGAGGGCUUCAUCUUCCUCGCCAUCAGCCCCGGCGUCGUGAACACCGCCGAGGCACCCCGUGAGUUGUUUGCCUCGACACGCGCACGCCGAGUGCGGCUGACGUUAUGCAUCAUGCAGCGCCGCCGGAGGUCCUCCCCAAGAUCCUAG